AGGAGGUGGGAGGAGCUCCGUCAAGGUGGAGCUCCACAAUCCCUACGAGGAAUACCGGCUAAUGCACCUUGCGAUAAACCACUAUUUCCGGAUCCUAACCGGAUUGAGAUCAUGGAUCCAUGCCAAGGAAGGAAUUAAGAGACUGCUCCGUAAAGAGAGAAAAAGAAAAACACCACGAAAUGGCAAUCAACAAGUAAUUAAUGCGCGGAUCUGAUACAAUACAUGCGAAAAGAAGUUCGUUGCAUGUAAAAUAGGUUCAAUGGGAACAUCUCGCGUAUUAGUUACCGGGGCAACCGGGCUUGUUGGCUCUCAUGUAGUCGAUAACCUAUUGAAUAGGGGCAUCAAAGUUCGAGCGGCUGCUCGAUCGAAGCAGAAAGCAGAUCUCUUUUUAGCUUCAAGACUCAAAUUCGCUUCGCUUCUAGAAUUCUUCCUAAUAGACGAUCUUACUACGCCCGGCAUUUUUAACGAUGCAGUGGUGGGUGUUGACGGGAUCAUUCAUAUUGCCAGUCCUCUGAAUUAUAGUGUUGACGACUAUGAGAAAGAUCUCAUACAACCUGCUAUUCAGGGUGUUCGCUCUAUACUUCAAGCAGCUACGCAGUCUGAUGUGAAGCGCAUAGUAAUCACUUCAUCUUUUGGUGCUGUGCUAGACAUGGCCAGAGAAGAGAGUCUCCCUUGGGUCUAUUCAUCUAAUGAUUGGAAUCCUAUAACACUCGAAGAAGCUAUUGCUCCCACUGCAACUCCCCAAGAUGCCUACCGUGCAUCGAAAAAGAUGGCCGAGAAAGAGGCCUGGGGGUUUGUUGAGGAUAAGAAGCCCCAGUUCGACCUUGUAACCCUGUGUCCAUCAAUGGUAUUUGGACCGCUAGCCAAUGCUCCAUCAUCAAUACAAGCACUUAACGAAUCCAAUAAACUCCUAUGGAAAGUUGCGUCAAGCGGUGUGUCUGCGCCAUUGCCCCCUUGCCGAUUCAAUUUUUGGAUAGAUGUCAGGGACCUAGCAGAAAUACACGUCCAAUCACUCCUAAAUGAGUCAUGCGGGGGUAAACGGUAUAUGCCUGUCGCUCCAGAGCCAUUCACAUACCAGAUGGCAUCAGAGAUCAUGAAGGAAUCUUUCCCGAAAUUGCAGGGCAAAAUCUCAUCAGGAACGCAGGAGGUCAAAACUCACAUCUCAGCUGACAUGGAAUUGAUGAUGAAGGAUUUCCCCACAAUCAAGUACAAGACGUUCAGAGAGACUGUAGUUGAUUUCAUAGAUCAGAUUAGUCCUUUGCUAUAAAUUAAACAAGCAUGAAUUUUCGAUCAUUGAAC